AUGUGUAAUUGGUGUUGUAAGAAAAAGAAUGAAUGUCCUUGUUCUUAUCCCGAAUAUAAGAAGAAAUUUGAAUAUAAGAAAGAGAAGUCUCCACCUGAGAAUAGCCGUAUUACUGUGGAAGAAACUAAACGUUAUAGUAAAAGUACUAGUCAUAAUUCUUAUAAUUGUAGAUAUAGGAAAACGGAACCAUUUGUGAAAAAAUUUAAAUGUUCGUUUUGUUCUAAGUUAUAUUUUCCUAAAUAUCAUGAUGAAGGUUUCAUAUGUUGGAAAUAUCUUCCUUAUGAUGAUCCUAGAUGUUGGAAUCCCAAUUGGUAUAAAGAUGAUGAAAAUAAUUAG